UAGAGUGCUGGAGAAUGGCCUACUUUGAGAGAGCCAAAUGGCUUGUACAGUAUCUGCUGCUCUUGGUGUUGGGAAGUACACUUUUCUUGGUUUGCUCUAUCUUGGUGAGGACAGCAUGCCUCUUCCCGCCCUUCAGACGACAAAUUUUAGCUUUCUUCCAGAAAGGCGCAGACAGGAGGGCCCCGGGGAUGUUGACCACGCCUGAGCAGUGUCAACAACGCCUGAACGAACGGACAAGUCUGGCUGCGUGGAAAGGAAUGCUGUUCAUGUUGACGUCUUGGUUGGAGGCUGAGGUGUUUGAGGGAGGCAAGGCCACCGACUCCUCCCUCGUAAGGCUUGACGGGAACUCCUGCCGGCUGCUCCAGUUCGCCCGGGCGGCCCGCCCUCUGGUCAUCAGCUUCGGCAGCAACACCUGACAACCGUUCCGGACGAAGUUGGACAUGGUCAAGCGGAUCAUGUCGGACUUCGCCGCCGUGGCCGACUUCGUGGUGGUGUAUGUGGCCGAGGCGCACCCCACCGACGGCUGGGCCAUGAGUGGGGGCAUGGACAUCCGGCAGCACCGGAGUCUGGAGGAAAGACUAGCGGCGGCGGAGAUGCUGGCUCUGCACGACCUCCCCUGUCCUAUCCUGGUGGACACCAUGGACAACGCCGCCGCCCGCGCGUACGCAGCGAUACCGGACAGGUUGUACAUCGUGUUGGACGGAGUGUGUGUUUACAGGGGCGGGCCGGGUCCGGAUGGCUACCACCCGGAGGAAGUCCGUGAUUGGCUGCAGAGAUUCUCUGGAUAAAGCAGCGGCAGUUUCUCAGUAGUUAUAAAAUGAUGACUCUUUGGUAGACUCUCUGCGACAUCCUUGUUAUCGUUUAUUACCUCAUUGUACCAAGAAUGUCCUUGAUUGUACGAAGGUUUUCUGUUCGGCGCGUUUGUCUCUUUGCUUGCCUACUCUAAGGUACAUACGAAAACACUGCUACCUGACUAAAUACCAAUGAGGAAACACUCAUAAGUAACCAAGUAACUCGGAUGAAAAUUCCCCAUUUUCAUACAUUGUGAAGUAUUGAUGACUUUAUUACCCGUUUUGGAAUGCAAAAUACAAG